AAGGAGGGAGUGCUGGGUGGAGCCUGGGCCUGUGUAUACAACCACACCUACUAGCUGGGGAGUAGCUGUGUCCAGUCACUGAGUAGAGCCCAAUUAGUGAAUCUUCAUCUCCCUGGGAAAAGUGGCUCUGAGGCGAACAGGAUGGCCUGGUGGAAAGCCUGGGUUGAACAGGAGGGUGUCACUGUGAAGGGCAGUUCUCACUUCAACCCAGACCCUGAUGCAGAGACUCUCUACAAAGCCAUGAAGGGGAUUGGAACCAAUGAGCAGGCCAUCAUAGAUGUGCUCACCAAGAGAAGCAAUGUGCAGAGGCAGCAGAUUGCCAAGUCCUUUAAGGCUCAAUUUGGCAAGGACCUCACUGAGACCUUAAAGUCGGAGCUGAGUGGCAAAUUUGAGAGACUCAUUGUGGCCCUCAUGUACCCGCCAUACAGAUACGAGGCCAAGGAGCUUCAUGACGCCAUGAAGGGCUUAGGAACCAAAGAAGGGGUCAUCAUUGAGAUCCUGGCUUCUCGGACCAAGAACCAGCUAAAAGAGAUCAUGAAGGCCUAUGAGGAAGACUACGGGACUAACCUGGAAGAAGAUAUCCAAGCAGACACAAGUGGCUAUCUGGAGCGGAUUCUAGUGUGCCUCCUUCAGGGCAGCAGAGACGACGUGAGCGGCUUCGUGGACCCAGGACUGGCCCUCCAAGAUGCACAGGAUCUGUAUGCAGCAGGUGAGAAGAUCCAUGGGACUGAUGAGAUGAAAUUCAUCACCAUCCUGUGUACACGCAGUGCCACUCACCUGAUGCGAGUGUUCGAGGAAUAUGAAAAAAUUGCCAAUAAGAGCAUUGAGGAUAGCAUCAAGAGCGAGACCCAUGGUUCACUGGAGGAGGCCAUGCUCACUGUGGUGAAAUGCACUCGGAACCUCCACAGCUACUUUGCUGAGAGACUCCACUAUGCCAUGAAGGGAGCAGGGACGCGUGAUGGGACCCUGAUAAGGAACAUUGUCUCAAGGAGUGAGAUUGAUCUAAACCUUAUCAAGGGUCAGUUCCAGAAGAUGUAUGGCAAGACUCUGAGCAGCAUGAUCAUGGAUGACACCAGUGGUGACUACAAGAAUGCCCUGCUGAACCUUGUGGGCAGUGACCCCUGAAGACAUCAAAAGAGCAAGGGCAAGAAGAGUGAGCCGUAGGCCCAGCUGCUUCAGCCCUGACCUUGGGUGGGGUGGGGGAACACCUCACCCAGCCUGUAGUCCCUGUUCCCCAGUUUCCAGUGCUUUUCACCCAAUGCUCCUGACCCACAAGGUGAGCCCAGCCUGGGUUCGUCCUUCCACCUCUUCCCUGGGUCGUCUCUAGGUAUUGCAAAGCCCACCCUAGCCUUACAUCUGACCAAACAGAAACGUCAGCAGGAA